AUGCUUCCAUAAGUCGAAGUUAAAAUUACCACAGAUUCUAGUGGUAUCGAGAGAGUAGCUGUGUAAUCUCAAGAAAAGAAUUACAAGUAAAUUCAGCAAACAUAUGAGAGUUACGAAUAAACUCUUAAGCAGGGUAAAAAUCACACUUAUUCAUUCAAACUCUAGAAAAAAAUCACGAAUAUAUACCAUAAUGCUGAGUCAAAUUUGCAGAUAUAAGUGACUUAAUUUGUAAAUGUUUGGUUGAAGUAUAGAGGAAAUGAAAAUGAUUUAGUUACGAGGCUAGUCGGUAUCUAAAAGGACCUUGAGAUCUUAGAAAUGAUAUUUGACGAUAAUUUGGACUAUUAUAAUUACAGAUUUAGCAAGAACACUUCUGAAAUAGAGGAAAGCCUUAAUAGAAUUCAAGAGCAAAUGCUUAACCAAGAAAUAGACCUUAAUCAUUAAGUUCAGCUUGACUUUGAGGUAGCUUAUGUAAAGAGAUAGUCUUGCACUUCGUACUACUACGUUCAUAACAUCAAUAUGUUCUCUAAAUAUGGUGGAUUCUAGCAAAUUCUUAAAUUAUGCCAACCCUAUGAAAAAUCUGAAAACUAAAAACAAAGACCUUAAAUGAAGAUUUUUGCAAUAACUCUUAAUAUCUUGACUUCAAUGAGAUAGAAUUUUAGAGAGCAAUUUUGGCUAUCAUUUGCUCCAUAGAUUAGAGACUUGUCCUACGACUUUAUAAUUAAUAGAAGUACCUAUGAAGACCUUAGAACUGCAACAAAGAAGGAUCUUUAAUACUUUAUUAACCAGAUAGAAAGUAUGUUAGACUCGAUAAACUUGAAAAUUAAGGAAAGAGUUGAAAAUGUCUUCUAAUAUAGUGAAAAUAUGGAACUUAAUAUCGCUCUGAAAUGCCUAUAGAUGCCAGUUCUUGAAAAGAAAUUGAUUGGUCACACAAUUCUGAUAAACAAGAUAUUUUAGGUUAAAAAUUAGCAGGCUCCUAGCACAGGAACAUAAGCAAACGGAAUGAAUCUAAAUCUUAACUAAAGAUGGCUCACACCUGAAAAGUUAAUUGAAUGGAUGGACGAGUAAAAAAUAUUUGAUUUAGUGUUUGGUGAUUCUCUCCACUCGGAAGUUAUUAAAAAGUCUUAUUCUCUGCUCUAGUUUUUAUAUCAAAACAACAGAAUUAGAUAGAAAGAACUAGAUAAGAUGUGGGAUUGCGCUACUAAGAAGCAUGAAGCUUAUAAAGUGGCAAUUAUGAAAGCAUUUGCUUUCUUAGCUACAAAAGCAUCCCUUUAAGACCUGCAGUACAUUUUCAACAAAUUGAGAUCAAUUUAGCUUAAUGAGAUCGACAAAUUUAGUCUUGGUCUGAUAAAAUCUAUUGCAAAGAAACUUGCAGGCGAGGAGGACAAGUCAUUUUUACCUUAAAAUACAGCCUAAGGAAGAAGUUCUGGGCUUGGUAGAUCAAACUCAUUCUCAAAAGGUUAAGGGUCGAAGCUAGACGACAUGAGAAUGAAUCAUAGCCAGCCAAGAACUACUUAAGAUGACUGUAUGAUCAAUAUUGGAAAGAAAGAUUCUGAUAAAAAGAAAAAUAACUAAGAUGCUAUCCUAGAUGGAUGGCCCAAAGAUGACAUGUCUUCUUAAAUGAUAACUUAAGGAAAAUCAAAGCAGAAAAAAACAAGAUCUCUUUCUGGAGAUGAUGAUGGUGGGAAGAAGGUAGAAAUUUUCUAGAAUCUGAAGAAUUUCAAUGAUAAUUCGAAUUUCAACAGAAAUAAGAACUAUAAUUCUCAGUCCAACAACAACAAUGCUACUACUAUUCAGAGAUAAUCUAACAGAGGAAGUCCAGGCACUCAAAAUCAAGAAAGAAUACCAGAAUUGGAAGUAAACCCUCUUGAAGUCCCACCAGAUAAAGAAGAUAAGAAAACAGCAGAUGAAGAGGGUUCCUUCGGAGAAAGAGAUGACAUCGCCUAAAAUGAAGCAAAUGAUGUGCUUGAAGAUAUAUUUGAUUAUAAUAACAAUAGAGACUUUCAGCUUAGGUAGAAUUAAGCAGAAAAUAAUAAUAGAAUGCAAUCCGACCAGCAGGAAGAAAAAGGAGAUUAAAUUAUAACAAGCAAUUAGGAGCAGAUUAGAAUAAAUGUAAGACUGAUGAUUACUGAUUAAUCACUCGGCAUUGACAAUCAGGAAAAAAGAGAUCUUGCACAUUAAGUUUUGGAGUAUAUCUGGAGGUUGUGUCUUGAAGAAACUAUCAUCGAUAAUCAUGUGUCUCUCUAAAUUCACAAAAUGAGCAUUGAUUGCUUUGUAGAAGUGAUAUCCCAAAAUUAUCCUAAGGCAUUACUCCCCUAUAUUGGGAAAUGCAUUGCUUGCCUUCAUCAUAAUUACUCUGUAAUGUCAGUUCAAACUUUGAUGCAUAGAUUAAUAUAAAAGAUAUCAUUCCCUCUUGAUGGCAAAAAACUGGUUCCAAAAAAUAGGCAAGAACUACUUCUGCACUUAGAUGAAGAACUUAACAUCGCUAAUGUUUGUCUGAGCUCGUAUAUUGAAUUUAAAAGAGUCAGCUUAAGUCUAAUCUUUGACUAGCUUGGUUCAUAAGAGCAGGAGCAAGAAAAUCUAGAAACUUAAUCUUCUCUUGACAAUGACGAUGAGAAAUCCUCAAUGCAAUCAGCCUAGAAAAAUAAUAACAAUACUAACAACAACUCUAAUUAGCAGAAUAAUAUUCACAUCUAAGACUUUUCUAAUCCUCCUUAGGAAAAUAUACAGCUCUAAGGCUUUGACGACACGAAUACUCAUCAAUCAAGUGGAUCAUUAUUCAUUUCACCUAGAGGAAAGAUUGAAGAAGAGUUUAAAAUGCCACAGACAUAAAAAACUCAAAGUUAUCAAAAUGAUGCUAUUUUUACAGGAGGUUAAAGCUUUAGCAGAUAACAUGACUUUAGUAGUAUGGCUGCAGAUUAAAAUGAAGAUUGGUUCACAAAGAAUUAAAACCAAUAAAUGAACAUUGGGUAAACGGGCUCAUAGACUGUAGGAAAUAGGCACUUUAGUACUUAACAGAAAAAAAAUACUCAAAUUAAUAACUAACUGAGAAAUGAUAACUAAAUUCAGCAGUAGAAUAUGAUAUAAUAGUAAAAUCCAAGUCUUAGAGAUAACAGAGAUUCGAAUGAAAUCUAAUAGAAUUAGGCCCCACAAACCUCAAUGAAUAAUAGCAAUAGAGACUUCCUUAAUACUUUAAUAACAAAUGAAGUCUAUAAGUACUCUUACUAUCAAGAUAUGCAGCAUAGAUUAGACUUCUUAAAGUUCUAUAUUGGUUCCUGCCCUUAAAUCUUAAAGCCACAGUAGAUUUAAAUAGUUUGGGAAUGCUUAGUAAUUAAUGCAUUCUAUGAGAAGGAAAGAGACUAAUUCUUCAAUUGGUGUACUUAGAUUCUUAAAAGUGCUCAAAGUUUGACCAGUUACAAAGACCUUGACACUCUAGGAAGCUCAAGCAUCUUUAACGAUGAUUGUCUUGAAAUGCUAUUCUUUGACACACUUUUGAAGCUAGAUUUCAGAUAUAUAACAGAAACAAUGUAUGAAUGCUUCGAGAGGUUCAUGAUUUAUAUCAAUGAAUAGUAUGGCCAAAUAAUCACAAAUAGCGCUUUUGAAUCUGCUUUUGAAGUAUUUGAAACAAAGUUAAUAGGAGUAGAGGCAUUGUGGGAAAUCACUUUAUGCGCAAGAAGCAAUAGAGUUUACGAAAAAAGUGCUGAAUUCCUGCAUAAGCUCUACAAGAAGAUGUCACCUACAUUAGUCGAGAGACUUAAUGAGAUAAAAGAAGACCUUCUUUAGAUAUGCAUGGACUAGAUUAAAACUGGAUUGAAUGAGAUUAGAAAUGAAGUUGGAAAUGAUAUCUAUGAUAUUCCCAUCUAUUAAUUCAGUCAAAGCUUAGAGGACCCAAAGAAUAGAAUAGCUAGAUCAAUUUCUUAGUUAUGCAAAUUUAUUGAUGAAUUUGAAGGUUUGAGAGAAAGAGGGGCUAAGAGUUCAUUAGCAUCUUAAGAUAAGGAUAUGAAUGUGAUAUGUAAUAACUAAAUAAACAGUUCCUAAGGACCAAAGAAGAUCUUUCUCACAGUUCCUCUUUCAACUAAGAUUGGAGAAAUUAGAGACUAAGUUGCAAAUGCUAUUUUCCCCAAAAGAACAUCAAAAGAAAUUUGUCUUACCUUCAAAGGUAAAGAUUAGAACGAGGAUUUAAAGACCUUAAAGGAUCUUGGAGUUAAGGCUGAUGAUUAGCAAGCGACAUUCUUUGUAACUCUAAGAAACCAAUAUGAACUAGAUGCCUAAGAGAGAAUUGAUGAUUACUUUAGUCAAGAUAUGGUAGAUUCACUUGUUUAAUAACUCAGAGAUUUCGGACUGGACUUGCCAUAACCAGUUAUGCAGCUAGCUGUAAAAAAGUGUAAUCUUCAACUGGAUGAUGCCCUAUUAAUGCUUACUGAAGAGGACAAAGUGAAUGAUCUCCAGGAGGAAUUAAGAAAAUAAGAACAAUUGAACAAUCAAAUAGUUAUCUUAGAGGAAAAUAAGGAAGAAGGUGAUGUACAAAAAGAAGAUGCUAAACUAAACUUGAUUCUAAGUAACAGAACUGAGUAUUUUGAGUUGCUUUUUGAUUUACUUAAUCUUGGAAUUAAUGAAAUCACAAAUGCUUCAUGGAAUCUUCUCAUAUAGAUACCUGUCAAUAAGUAAUUGAUGAGCAAUAUUAGAAAUUUAUCCAUAGUGUAGCAAGGCUAUUCUGAAAAUUGGUGUCACAUUAUUGAUUCAUCCAAUGUCUACAAAAUGCUCUACUCCCUUCAGAUAGUUAAUUCAUUUAUAUCUGUGAACAAUGAGAAGCUAAGUGAGGCAGAAAUCUAAGAAAGGUAUGAAUGGAGAGAAAGAUUCCUAGAUCUUGGAGGAUUUGAUCAUCUUUAUUCAAUUUUGAUAACUAUGGAUUUAGAUGACUUAUUUGGAGAUGCAUCUAAUCUAUUCCAACAAAGGUAAAUGGUUUCAGGCUCGACUAGCAAAAAGAAGCAAAAAGGUUAAUAGCAAAAGCAAAAGUAAAGCUAGACUGAAUAGAGCAAUUAAGAAAAGAAGUAAAUGUAGAUGAUCUAAAAUAAUUCGGCUAAAUGCCUUGGAUAUCUUAUAAGUAUUAUCAAGAUAUUUAUUCAGGCUGCUCUUUUAACUGCUGAUGAAGAAAAGUUGUUGACUUUAAUAGUUUAAUCCUCCACAAGUCCAUUCAGAAAACCAAAAACCAUUAAAUCAGCAUUAUCAUCAGUCCCACCAAAUAAAUUCAAUUAAAUUCUCUUUAAUGCUGGAUCUGGAUCUGCAGCUGGCUCUGUUAAAGAUUUUUCAAUCAAUGAUGGCCUAUCUAGAGAUAAUUCUAGCGUAAAUACCCCUAAAUUCCAUUCAAAUCAUUCGUCGAAUAAUACCACUCCAUAAUGCAACACUCCAAUAGAACCAUAAAAUGAGAAAAACCCAUAAAUCAAUAAAUCAGUCGACACAAAUAAAUUUGACAUUUACUCAUAGUAAACAUUUACUAAGCCAAAUAAUGAUAAUCAACUUUACAUUCAAGUAGAUGAUUUCCCAAGAUUGGUAGACUAAAUGAGCAACGGAAUAGCUAAAAAUCUGUUAGAAAAAGUCAUCAACUUUAAUGACUUAAUUUCUAAAUUGCUCUACUUAAUCCAUAAAUCUACCUAGUUCAGUGACUCAAAUGAGGCUUCAUCCCUCGUUUAAAAUUGCUUGGACUUAUUAUUGCCAUGUGUAGUUUGGAAGCCUAAUUAAUUGCUUAAAGAAAUUUAUGAGUUCCAUCAUUUAGAAAGUCUCUUAAUUAGAACUCUGAUGUAUAGUUCAAAUGAGCAAGUUAGAAAAAGCUUAGAACGAACUUUUAAGAUCAUAUGUAGUGAAAAAAUAAUUCAAGGCUAAUCUAAAAAUUAGGAAUCACAAAGCAGCGGCGAGUAACUUGAUGUGGAAUCCCCUAAGAUUUACAUUUUAAGAAUUUUACUCAACAAUAUGCCUGAAAUCAAUCAAAAGAGUGACUCAUGUGAAGAAUACUUUAAUCUAUUGACUUAAUUAAUUAGUUAAUGCAAACAUAACUUCAUAAUUAAUCCCAAAAAUGAAUCAAACUCCUAUCAAGAUCAGAAUAAGUUGAAGCAGCAAAUAAUUCUAGAUGGAAAGAACUUCUCAUCGAAUGCUUUACUCGAAUGGUGCAUUAAUUAGCUUAAGAUAAGACCAACUUAUGAAGACAAAUACUCUAAUUAUACUGACAAAAUAUUAGCUGGCUAUUUGUAACUGACUUAAUCUGUUCUUGAAAUAGAUGCUUCCUUAAAAAAUCUUACUACAAAUGAAGAUGAUGGAUUUAAUCUUGUAAAAACUAUCUUUGACUUUCUAUUUUUACUUCCAUCUGAGGAAGACCAGCAAAUAAAACAUCAUAAAAGCGAUAGCAUUUCAGCUAAUGACUAUCCGAAAUGCAAAAGAAAGUUUACAAGAAAGAAGGCUUUUAAUCUCCUUCUAACUCUAUGUCAUUAAUGCAAACCAAAUUAUGUCUAACUGCUAGAAGAGCUUUACAAGUUCCAUGCUUAAAUAUAGAAGAGUUAGCAAGUUGUUAAUCUUCAAGAUAUUGACCUAGAUUAAGGAAUGAGAUCAGCUGCUGGCUAUGUCGGACUAAUGAACUUCGCAGCUACUUGCUACAUGAAUUCACUUAUUUAGCAACUCUUUAUGAUACCUGAUUUAAGAAAAGGCGUUCUAAAGAGUUAAAUAUAAGAUGAGAACUUAGAACAAAAUGUCCUUCAUUAGUUAAAACUCAUCUUCGCGAAUCUUCAAGAAUCUGAGAAGCAAUACUAUGCACCUCAUGGUUUUACUAAGGCAUUCUAAUUCUAUGGGGAACCAGUAAAUGUGAGAGUUUAGCAAGAUACUCAUGAAUUUUAUAAUAUACUCUGCGAGAACAUUGAGGAAUCAUUUAAAGGAACUUCUUCAAAUAACUUAUUAAAGGAAACAAUAGGCGGUGUAAUCGGCAAUGAAACAAAAAGUUUAGAAUCUGAAUAUCCAUACAUUGGGGAAAGAGAGGAGAAUUUCUUUGCUAUUAGUUUAGACAUAAAGAAUAAGAAAAAUUUAGCUGAGGCCCUCGAUCUUUAUAUCAAACCAGACUAUUUAGAGGGCGACAAUAAGUAUCUAUGUGAAAAGCACAAUGUAAAAGUAAAUGCUUAAAGAAGAUCUUACUUGAAGAAGCUUUCAAAUACAGUAAUUAUUAAUCUGAAGAGAUUUGAAUUUGAUUACAACACAAUGAUGAGAUAAAAAGUAAACGAUUACUGUGAAUUCCCUACAAGAAUAAAUUUCAAACCCUGGACUAAAGAGGGAAUCAAAGAAAGGGAAAAAGAACUAGCUAAGAGCUAAAAAAAUAAAGCUCAGAGUGACAAUGGAAAUCAAUAGUUUGACAAGGAGGAGAUUGUUUUAGAUCAAGAAGAAGAAAAAAAGAAUGAAAUUGAACCAAAUGCUGCUGGAGAAGAUAUUGACGAUGAAGAUAUGAACUAUGAUGAAGAUCAUUCUGAGAGUGGUGAAUCAGAGGAAGAAGAGAAAAAAGGUGGAGAAGCACUUGACGAAGGUAUGGAAUCAAAUGAAGACGAUAUAGAUUAAAAUGUUAAUACAGGCACCUACUUCGAUGGAGGAAUGGAAGAUAUAAUUGAUAUUGCUCCAGAUGAAGAGGAGAGUCAAUCUAAUAAGUUAUUGCUGCAAUAGACGAAUUAAAAUGUUAAAACGAACUCUCAAAGAAAGAAUAAGGCUAUUUCAAACAAAAAUUCUGCUCAAAGAUAAAAGAGAAAAAGGCAACAGAGUAAAGAUGAUAGCUAUUACGAGUAUGAACUGGUUGGUGUUUUAGUUCAUUCUGGUAGUGCUGAAGGGGGUCACUACUAUUCAUUUAUCAGAGAAAGAGGAGGAAACAAUAGAUGGCUUGAAUUUGAUGAUAAGAAUGUCAGAGAAUUCGAUAUUAAAAAGCUUGAAGUAGAAUGCUUUGGAGGAAAUCAUGAUCAAAGAGCUAGCAUUUAGCAUCAAGGUGGUUUUAUUGAUGAUUUUAACCCUGCUGAUGGAAAAUUCUUUGAGAGAUCUAGGAAUGCAUAUCUUCUCUUUUAUUAAAGAGUCCAACCCACAAAUAAUGAUGAGUAAAACAAUCAAAUAAUUCCAGGCAAUAUUAAUUAACCAAUGAGACUCAUUAAUGAUAUUGAAGAGCCUAUUUACAAAAGAAUCUGGGAAGAAAAUGGAGCUUUCUUAAAGUUGAAAGUUUUCUUUGAUUAAGAAUACUUUUAGUUUAUCAGGGAAUAUGUAAACAUCUACAACUUUGACAAUGUGCUUUACUUCUCUAGAGAUCAUUCUCAAUCUUAUAAGAUUAACAAGUUGAAAGAAUUGUAUCAGCAAUAUCAAAUUGAGGGCGAGGAAAUUACCUUUGAUUACAAAUCUUAACAAAGGUAAAUCAUUUAAGACUUUAAAUAAAGUGAUGACUGCAACAUAUUUGCGGAUCUUGACAAAAUUAAGAGAGAUCCUGGUCUCUAUACUCUCAAGCUAGCAACAAUAAUAAGUUAAGACAUCAUAACAAAAGUAAAAGAUGUUCAAAAUUUUGUUCAAUGGAUGUAAUUAAUCAACCAUCUAUUCGAGAGACAUGAAGUAGCCUGUGUUUGGUUCAUAAAAUAUAUGACAGAAAAUAGAAAAAUUCUUGAAGAACUUUUACUAGAAAACUAAUAGUUUGAAUUUGAUGAAUGCUGUGACUUUGAUGUUGAUGUCUCUUCUAUAAAGAGCAGAUAACUAGAUAAAUAAUUAUUCUCAAGAGCCUCUGUUAUAAGAUUUAUGGAUCUGUUGUUCAAUUAAUUACUUGAUCCUGUUAGAGUACACUGGAGAAGAUUUGAUGAGUACUUCCAGGUAAUUUCUCACUUUGCCUAGAAUGGAUUCAGUGAAACAAAAUACUUAAUCGAGCAAAAGGCUAUUGGAAAACUUAUCGAAUUCAUGAUGAAUAAUAAUCACCCCUUCACAUCAUAGAUUAAAUUCAAGAUGGGGGACAGAGGUUAAGAGCCUGAUUUUUAAUUGGUUCUUGAGAUAUUAGGAUUAUUGAUAAGAAGUUGCUUCACCUAGGGCAUUUAAAAUGUAUCUGAGUACUCACUGAUCUCAAGGUUCUAAAAUCAUUAAUAGCAUAUACCCUACCCUUAGGAGGAGGCGAAGUACAUAUUUACUAACUUCUUUUUCAACUGCAGAUUCCUUAAUAAACUUAGCACGAUAAAUUAAGGCAUGGUAGCCAUAAUUGAACAUUUGAGUUGGGGUGACCUAGAUUCCUCAAGAUUUUUCAUAAACGAAAUUACAGAAUAUCUAAGAAUGGUGGCUUUCAGAGCAAAUGAUGAACCCUAAAAUCUUUUGGAAUAUCUGUAGAAAGUUUUACUUUUAAAGGAUGAAUUCCAAGAGUAGAGAGUUAGAAUGGCCUUAAAAUUUGAUGGAUUCUCAGCCAACUAAAGUAUGUAUGGCUUCAUAAUGCAGCACUAAUACGAUUACCCAUUAUUUGUCAUUACUAUCAUUAAAUUCUUUGGUCAAUUGAGCUUACUAGAUGAAGUGGUCUUGAAGAUAUUGAAGGCUCAUUCCGAGAGCUACAAAGACUGGGUAAUAUCUUUUAUUACUCAACCAAUAAAGGGAGGAAGAGGCUACUAAGACGAAUAAUUCAAUUAUAGAAGACAGUAAGACUAAUCAGAAAUUCAAAGAGCUGUAAGAAUUGAACCCUUAAUGAUAAUUAUUUAGUAUCAAGCGAUCUUUGACGAUCUAAAUGCCUUCAAUGUUCAAGUUUAAAAAGAGUUACAAGAACUUCAGGCAACAGACUCUGUCUAAGUCAAUAGAUAAUUGAUUAAUGAUUCAUUUGACUUUGGAGAGAACAAAAUCAACUAUGAAUUCUAAGAUAGUGAUAAUUAACCUGCUGGUGGCAGAAACAGUGUUGAUCCUCUAAAUAAGGCUUUUGAUGGUAAAGAUGAUGGAAUUUUCAACAAUGAUUUUGAUGAAGUUAACAUCAAUGAUGAAGACGAUAUUAUGGCUUAAGAUUUGGCCUUCGCUGAUCCUGAUGGAUUUUAAGAUUAAGUCAAAGGUAGUGAUUUCGCUAAGUUCUUAGAGGAUGAUGAUCAAAACUGA